CACCAUGUGAGUGAGCCAUCGCCCAUCGCCCUGUUAACGGUGUCAUGGCGGUUUGACUUGUUGAAGGUUUUUUUUGCAAUAACUUAACAUAGUUAAUGUGCUUUUUAGCAGUGUGACCUUUAAUUUCUGUGUAUAAAAUCACACCAUUCAAAAUAGUUAAUAAUGCGCGAAUACAAAAUAGUCGUGCUAGGAAGCGGAGGCGUGGGAAAAUCCGCCCUGACAGUACAGUUCGUACAAGGCAUCUUUGUGGAGAAAUACGACCCCACCAUCGAGGACAGCUACCGGAAACAAGUGGAGGUGGACGGGCAACAGUGCAUGCUGGAGAUCCUGGACACGGCGGGCACGGAACAGUUCACGGCGAUGCGCGACCUGUACAUGAAGAACGGGCAGGGCUUCGUUCUAGUGUACUCGAUCACGGCGCAGUCCACGUUCAACGACCUGCAGGACCUGCGCGAGCAGAUCCUGCGGGUGAAGGACAAGGACGACGUGCCCAUGGUGCUGGUCGGCAACAAGUGCGACCUGGAGGCCGAGCGCGUGGUGGGCAAGCAGCAAGGCGCCAACCUCGCCAACCAUUUCAACUGCGUGUUCAUGGAGACGUCUGCGAAGGCGAAGAUCAGCGUCAACGAAGUGUUCUACGACCUAGUGCGACAAAUCAACAAAAAGUCUCCCAAAGAGGAGAAGAUACGGAAGAACAAAAAGCCCAUAUGUCAACUGCUGUAAGAGACGCGGCGUGUCCUCCGCACCUAGGUAUUAAAUAUUUAAUAAUUUGAAAGACUUCUCGUACCCGGAUUUGGCUGUCGUCGGUUCCAAAGGUUGACUAGGUCGGGCGAGCGUGCUCGGUUAUUGAAUAUCUCGUAACGUGCAUUCGUUGAGUGGUCCAGUGCUACUGGGGAGUGAGAACGCAACACAGAUCUGGCCUCGUCGUGCCCCUCCAGCUGUAUAAAGUACUCUACUACCGGUCUGUGUAUUUAUUAGUGUUUAUUUGAGGAUGUGCUCGAAGAAUCUGUGUGUGUUUUGCCCUCAUAUUCCAUUUUGUAUAGUGUGGACAGUGCCGUUUUCAGAAGUUUGAAACUUUGAUGUCCUUGUGAUUUCACUUCAUAUAGAAGGCUAUAAAUAUAUAAAUAGUGUAUAAAUUUAUCUGCCUAGAGCCUUGCUCCUCAAUUUUUUACUUGGUAUGAAUCAAUUAACCGGUUCUGUGAAGAUAACAUUGUAUAAUAAAAAUAGUAUUGUUACAAUUCUUGCUUAGUUCAGACUGUGAGUAAAGGUUGUCGCACACUACAACACCUCAACUCAGUGCCACCGACCAAGUGAGCCACUCACUAGUCCUGUCAAUGACCCUAGAGUAAAAACUGUACUGAUAAACAGCAAUAAUCAAUUAAUUGACAAUAAUAGGUUUACCCUGAUUUUAAUAACUUGUAGCAGUUGUGUCGGCAGUACAUGAGAAUAACAAGGUUAUUGAAAAUGCAUAGUUCAUGCACUUGUUAUUGUUAUCAUUAUUUAGAACCUAAUUAGCUUUAGUGAAAAACUUACACACUUUCUAAGGCAUAGAGAAAAGAUUGUAGAUAAAAGUCACCCAUCCAAUAACAGGCUUGAGUCAACAUUACUUAUUUACAUUCUCAUUGUGUAUCAAUAAUUUAGUUCACUACUUAAUACAUUGCCACAUACUUCAAUAUAUAAAACUGUAUGUCCUUUAGUUGAGUUGAUGUUGAGUCAUUAUAGUGUGUGUGCCUUAAUUAUGAACAGGAUAAUAAAAUUAAACAAGUUAUAUGUUUAAUUCCUUGUAAGGGAGAGACUUGUCCUGUGCGUUACGGGGACUGAAGCUUUAAAAGUUUUGCACAAUUAUGUUUUAGUUAAAAAUUUAGUUAAUGAUGUAACAAAAUGUUAUAUCAAUGUUUUGAAAACAUGUUAUAGUGUGUUAACGAGUUGAGUGUUGACACAAUAGGAGGUAUGUACUGAUGUGUUGUAGUAAAAAUGAUAUGGCUGAUAGAUAAAUGUUCCUGAGUGAUAAUAUAUGCUCAUGUUUGGUUCUCCCACUGUCUGAACUAAGCGGGUACUUUAUGGAUAGCAUUUAUUACAAUUAUUUUGAUUUACUAAACUUCUGAGUGGGCAGAAUGUGUGUUAUCAUGGGCUCUGUGGAGCCCUGCUGCCUGUUUUGUGUAACUUUUUUGAUGGGUUGCCUGUAUUUGAACAUAACUUGAUUUGACAGCACACGUUGCAAAGGAGAUGUCCGAAAUUGGGGCCACUUUAUAGGAUGAUACGGAAAUGAAAAAUGUACUUUAAAUAAUGUAUAUUUUACUAGAUUACUCUAUUGGAAUCUUAGCUGAAAUAACAGUUGCCAACAGGGAAAGUAAGCUGAUUUUAGUUUUUUCACACUCCUAGUGUCCUCUUUGAAGCAAAUUUCCCUGAUUGUCAGUUGCCUUUGCCUAUGCAGGCUGUAAUUAUGUCUGUUUAUCAAACUGUCUGUUUUCCUAUGUGUCAAGUUAAUGUCCUAUCCUUAUUAAAACUGAUGCCUGUCAGUUUGACACUGAUAUUGCAGUGAAUUUGAUAUAAAAGGGAUACAAAUUAUUGCCCAUCCCAUAAAAGUAAAUUAGCUUACUAGGCAAAUAUAGAUUUCUUUGAAAAUUGGUCACAUGAGUGCUCUUUAAUUGUCCUAAUUUAUGGCCAAUUUUCAGCUCUGUACCAUUUGUAUAAUUUGGGUCCAAAUUUGUAUGGUUUCUCCUUUGUAUUGAUGGACAAAGGAGUUUGAAGAUUUUCAUAUACAAUGUGACAUAUGAUUAAUCAUUUUGAGUUGCUGAAACAAUUAUAAAUUACUCAAAAAGUAAAUCUGAUUUUUACAAAAACAAAAAGUGAUUUUGUUAUUUAAUCACUAUACAAAGAUUAAUUUGACAGAUUUAUCAGCAAGCAGUUAAAGAGUUAUUGUUCAAUUAGCACAAUGAAACAAUAAUGAAUCUCUUUAUUUUGGUAUUAUUGUGUAAAUAAACUGGUGUUGAAAAGACCAAAUUGAUUUAUUUAUAAUCUUAAUAUUAGAUAUAUAAGAUGGAUGACAAGUCUUCAAACCCCUUUCUUUAUGGUAAAAACAGGUUGCCGUAGUCAAAAAAUUUACAUAAUAUAGGAGCUGGAGUAUGUGCCAGCGGGCCUUAACCAGUGUAUAAUGUUUAAUAAUUAAGAUACAUUAAAUUUUUUCAGAUAUAUUAUUGUCUUGUUAUAUAAUACAAAUGUAUCGAAGGGAAAGUUGAUGAUGCAACACUGUAUGGAACUCGUAACUUUUGAACUAAUUCUAGUGAGCCUUAGGUGAGUGCGCCCACCAAUAGUGUCCAGAUAGGCAGGGGCGUAGCUAACGCCGUAUCAGCUGUAUCAAUGAUACGGGGCCUCCGGACUACAGGGGCCCCUUACGUGUGAAAGCAAAAAUUUGUAAAAUGUAAGUAAUCCACAAUCUUUUUUUUUUUCCCUGGUAAAGUGUGUGCCCAAAAGUUGGAAAUGUCAUACAUAGAGAUACAUAAAAUAUUUCUUUUAACCAAGCAUUUUUGUUUCUUUUGUGAGAAAUAUUGGGAAUUGGUAACCCUUCAUUUGGGCCCCCCAACAAAUUUUGAUACAGGGCUCCUCCAAGGCGCGCUACGCCACUGCAGAUGGGACGCAAGUCGCUGACUAUUCCUUAAUAUGAAAUAAAAAGUCUAAAAAAAAAAAUAUCGUUAUUGUAAAUGGGAAAAAAGUUAUAUGGUCACUGGCUCAUUUGAAUGUGAAUUACCAGCCUGUGUUGCUAUACUAUAAAAAGAAACUUUGUUGAAGUAAUAAUUAUUAUAAAUAGGUGUUCAAAUAUUGUUACAGUUUAGAUGUUUCUCAUCCAUUUUUUUGUAAUUUCUGUUCAUUGUAAGAUUAUGUAAGAACCGCACAAGGAUAUUGGUAUAUAACAUGAUCUGAGUUGGAUUAUAUUUUUAUAUAUGUCAUUCAAAUUAAGAACUUGUAUAUUUUUUAUCUUUUCAAUCAAAUAAUCGACAUGUACAAUUAUUAAUUUCUCUUUUUUUUUGCAAAUUUAUCAAUAAAACCAAUUUUAAAUAUUGAC